AUGCUACAGGUGGAAACACUGGUUUCAGCGUGUGCCGGGGGAUCCAACGAUCGGAAAAUCGCGUGCGAGACUCUCGCCGCCGACCACACCACGGAUCCGCCGCAGCCCCAUCCGGAUUCACCGCCGGAGUCCUUCUGGCUCUCCAGGGACGAGGAAUACGAUUGGUGGGACCGCAACGCCGUCUAUGAGCGCAAGGAAUCUACCAAGGCCAAUUCAAGUUCCACCAACCUCAACCCUGGCACAAGCUCCACCAACAACUCUCAACGCUUCUCUGUCAAUUACAAGUCCAAGGCCUCCACCAUCAUUGGCUUACCUAAGCCUCAGAAGACCUCCUUCGUCGACGCCAAGAAUCGCCGCAACCACAAACCUAGUAACAUCAGGUUGUUCCCGAAACGCAGCGUUUCCGUCGGAAAAUCGGAGACCGGGUUCGUCGAACCGUCUUCGCCGAAAGUCUCUUGCAUGGGAAGAGUCAGAUCCAAGCGCGACCGAAAUCGCAAGCUGAUGUGUUCCCGAAAGGAUUCCCAGGAUACGCAUACAAAAGAGAAACCGAACAGAAACAGAAAGAAACCCGGUUUUCUCCAGAGCAUCCGCGCGAUUUUCCGGUCCAAUAGAAAGGAAAAACCGGACCGGAAACCCGAUUCUAACGUUGAGACGAAGAGCGUUGCGGUUAGUAUCAAAGCGCGGGACAGCACGUCGAGCGUGAACGACGCGUCGUUCGAGGAGUCAAUAACAGUGUCGCGGCACAGCGUGUCGGAGAAUGAACCGCCCGGUUUGGGUGGCAUGAUGCGGUUCGCGUCUGGGAGAAGGUCCGAGUCGUGGGGAGUAGGUGAUUCCGAAGGCCACGUGCCUCGAUAG